AUGUCUGCGCGACAGUGGGACAAGCCCAAGAAACGAAUCAGAGUUGCUCAUCAGUAUAGAUCGCGUCGUUUCACACAAAAUCCAUCAAUCAAUUGGGAUCAAGAAUACAAUCCGCUAUUCGAUACUGGAGACGGCGUACCGGAAAGUGAAAUCGUGGCAUUAGAUGUGAUUUUUGCUCUCAAUACAAGCUACCAAACAAUAGGCUCGAUUCUCGAGAUCGUGCAGACAGCAAAGAACAACGAAGACGAAUGGAAAACCCUGAUCCAAUGUUUGAAGGAGUCCAUGUCCUCGCUUGGGGAGCGAAUCGCCUUGUUUGAGAUGCAUCCUCCAGAGAACAGAACGGCAGACGACACGUUCAGUGAGCCAUUCAUCGACUAUAUCGAAUUACUCGAGGAUAUGCAUGAUAUAGUCGUCGAUCUGAAGGAUAAACCUAGUCAUAGCGACCUUGGCCACUUCAAAGUCUUUGGAGAACCCAAAUUCGAUGCUGAAGAGGUCCAUAGGCUCAAUAUGAGUCUCGAAUACCGUCAUAGGAAGUUCAUGGAGGCCUUGGGUCUUUUUACUCUGUUACGUGUAAAAGGCAUCGAAAAGUCUACAAAUUCCACCAAUCCCGACGUAGAGACGACCGAGACUAGCGUGAAGGCCACCAAACGUAAUACGGAACGGAUUAUAACCGACGCUGAUUCCACUGCUAUACUUCUGCUGCCAACGGUUGAAUCCGUCGCAUCCUCUGUACACCGCUCCUGCCUGCCAGGAACACGGCAAGCUGUUCUUCAGACUCUCUGGCAAUGGGCCGACGAUGAUACGUCAGGGAAACCAAUAUUCUGGCUCUGUGACAUUGCUGGCUCCGGAAAGUCAACAGUCGCAAUGUCGGCGGGGAUGCAUUGGCAGGGGGAGGGACUACUAGGCGGUCAAUUCUUCUUCUCUAUUGCCAGUAGUGAAGGAUCCACUACCGAAAAGUUCUGCUCUACCAUAGCGAGAGAGCUUGUUCAACAUAUCCCCGAGCUCGCCCUGUACGUCGCCCAGGCCAUCAAGCGAAACCCUUCUUGGAUGCGGAGGUCCCUUCACGAGCAGCUCCAGACGCUUGUCCUCAGUCCUCUCCGCCAUUUACGCAGACCCGUGAUUCUCGUCAUCGACGCGCUUGACGAAUGCAAGUCUGGAUUACAGCGAAGGGAACUUGUCGAAUCACUGUCCAAGGCCGUUCUCGAAUGCAGGAACCUCAAGAUAUUGAUGACAAGUCGGCCCGAUCCUGUGGUCGAGUCAAGCUUGCGGCCGCUCUCAAUCAAAGCCGUGCUGGUGGACCGCCUGCACGAUGUCAAUCACAACGAUAACGUGGACGAUAUCGCCUUAUUUGUACAUCAGGUACUCGAUGGACUGCUACCUGUUGACAAGAGAGAGAAACUGGUGGCAAAAUCGAACGGAUUGUUCAUUUGGGCGAGCACCGUGUGCCGAAUGCUCAUCAAUGAGAUCGACUUUAAGAGCCCUGAAGCCAUAUACGAUCAAAUAAUUUCCUUGGACCAACCUGGAGCUAUAGAUGGGGUAUAUGACCUCAUUUUUGAGCGUAUAGACGCUAAUUAUCGUGCGUUCGUGUAUGAGAUACUCGCUCUGCUCGUUGUUGCAUUCGACCCACUCACCACCGACGACUUGGACGACAUCCUCAAGCAUGCCAGAAUCCGAGGAAGUACCAUGGCAACGAUAAACAACAACCUGAGACGCGUACUUAUGGUCGAUCCCAGAACAAACUUUAUUCUUUUUCGUCAUCCUACCGUUGUCGAGUACCUUCGACGCCGUUACACUGCUUCGAAAAUCAAUAAUACCAACGAGUUAUAUAUAGACGUUGCCAAAGCACAUGGUCAAGCCGCGUCAUGGUGUCUCAAAUGUCUUAAGUCGCGGACAGAUGGACUCAAGUUCAACAUAUGCCAGUUUGUUUUGCCCUUCUACCUCAACAGGCAAAUUGCGGACCUCCACGUGAGAGUACCCAAUUUCAUUUCACGGAGACUUCGAUAUGCCAGCUCUCAUUGGCUAUGCCAUAUAGCUGAAGCCGACGACCACUGGCGACGCACAGCCGAAAAUGAACUUCAGUAUAUUCUCCAGAGCUCUGGCGUGCUAUACUGGAUGGAGGUUUUGAGUCUCAUUGGAGGAGUGCCGCGAGGGAUAGCCGGUCUGCAGGCAGUCAUACCCAUUACGGGAAUUGAAGAGGAGACCAGAGACGCCGUGAUAGAAACCUAUCGGUUCCUCAGCGCAUUUUCUCCAUUGAUUCAGGCCAGUGCUCCACACGUCUACAUUUCCGCACUUUCCUUUCCCCUAAGGAAGCGGAAUAUACACAUAGAGCCUAGAGUUUUUCAAGACCAGAAGAUCUGGACUACGGCGAUUGAAUUAUCCAGAGACGGCUCAAGAAUCGUAUCUGCUUCUUCAGAUAGAACAAUUAGACUCUGGGAUGCGAACACUGAUCAGCCAUUGGGAGAACCAUUCCGCGGCCACCAAGAAUCGGCCUUGACCUUGGCAUUUUCACGAGAUGGCUCAAAGAUUGCGUCGGGCUCCUCCGAUAAAGUCAUUCGAAUCUGGAACGUGAAUACCGGUCAGCAGAUGGGGAGGCCGUUCCAGGGUCACAAAGGCUCUGUGUGGGCCAUCGCAUUCUCUCCAGACGGCUCGCUCCUCGUAUCUGCCUCGGAAGAUAAUACGAUCCAAAUCUGGGAUGUGGAGAGUGGUCGGCCAUCAAAAGCACUUUCUCGACGCCACAAAGACUUGAUCACGAGUGUGGCAUUCUCCCCUGAUGGCUCGUUGAUCGUCUCCGUCUCUGAAGACAAAAUCAUCCGCUUGUGGGAUGUAUAUACUGGUAGUCCAUGGGGAGAGCUUCUCCAAGGUCAGCCAGUAGACGCACCAGUCAUCGCAAUUUCAUCAGAUGGUUCUCGAAUUAUAUCCGGCCUUCACGACAAUACAAUCGGAGUCUGGGAUGGUGCUACUGGCCAGCCAUUAGGAGAACCUCUCCAGGGUCACAAAGCGGGAGUUUGGGCUAUUGCAUUCUCCUCCGACAACUCGCGCAUGGCCUCUGGUUCAUGUGAUAAUACAAUACGCAUAUGGGAUAUAGAUGCUGGCCAGCCGGUGGGAGAACCACUAAUAGGCCACGAAGGACCAAUCAUGACCGUUGUGUUUUCCCCGGACAACUCGCUAAUUGCUUCCGGCUCUGCAGAUAAGUCCAUUAGACUCUGGAAUUCAGAUACUGGUCAGCCAAUGGCAAAGCCACUCUGCGGUCACGACAGUUCUGUCACCGCCGUCGCAUUCUCACCUGAUGGCUCCGCAAUUUGCUCUAGAUCAAGUGAUCACACAGUGAGAUUAUGGAAAUUAUGGCCUGGGAGAAAUGGAACGAGCCAAGAGCAGUCAGAAUCCGCUGAUAUUAGGUAUCGCUCCAUACCCGGGUUCAUGAAAGUCCCCUUUGACCGCGAUGGCUGUGUUCAAACUUGUGGGAAGUUUCUCUUCUGGGUACCGCGUGAGGAUCAGUAUGGAAGGAAACAACCUCACGCUGUGAUCUGGACAGCAGAGGCAUCUCUUCUCUGCAUGGCCUAG